UUCAGUUUCAGUUCGUUUUUCAUCUGCUUCUGAUCUGCAAUGGAGAGAAAAUGGAUAUGAAAACGCGUGCAUCGUUCAAAAGAAAAAACUUGAAAAAAUAACUAGAAAAUAUAUAUCAACAUUUUAUAGUGAAAAAAAUUAAACUAAAAUCUCUAUCUCUACAAACAUUAUUCGUCGAAAAUCUUUUCUCUCCGUAUUGUUUAUUUCGGAAGCAUAUAAAAUUAAAGUAAGAAUAAGAAAAAACAUUCAAACAAAACCUGAAACUGAGAAUACAAGAAUUUAAGAAGAAAAAAAAAAACCAGUGCAGUCAAUUUUCAACCCGACAAAUAGUUUUUUUUUUCUCAUCGUCUCCCCAUCUCUGUCCGUUUCCCUAAUCUAUCUAUCUCUAUACACCUCACACGACAAAAUUCAAUACAUAUAGAUUUAUGUAGCAAAAAGUGAAUUAAUAAAGAAAAAAAAAAGAAAAGAAAAGCUUACAAAAUGAAGAAAAAAAAUAUAUCGAAUUGUAAGCAGUAUAUCAGCAGAAGUGAGGUGAAUUUUUCAUCAUAAAUGAAGAAAAAUUUGCAAUAUCCACGAAAUCAGCAGUUUAUUUUUUUCUAAACGUGUGUUUUUUUCGUGUGAACUAAAGUGUGUGAGUGGUGAGAACGGGCGCGCGAUAAUUAAUUUAAAUUGAAAUACAUAAUUUUUGUAAAGUUUUCACUUGCUCAAGUUGAAGUUUUUUUUUUCUCACAAGUCGGGUCUUAUGUGUGGUGGAAGAGAAAGAAUAGAAGUUGAUAACAAAAAAGGAAAAAAAAAAUAUCUAAAAAAAAAAUUAAAGUGUUAGUUGAAGGGAGAUAAAAAGAGCGCAAAAUAAGCAAGACGAAGCAGGAGGAAUAAUCGUUCAUCGUCCGGAUCGAAAUCGCUGCUUAAUUUCUUGAAUUCAACCAAAAAAAAAAAGAAGAAUUUAUUUUCGUUUAUUCUACAUAAAGUUAAAAAAAAAAAACGCGUGUGUAUGUUGAGUGUUCCUGUUCUCUGGAAGUUGUUGGUCGCUCGGUUUCAUGGAAGUCUUCCCUUGUCAAAGUCAGUACUGCAUUUUUACACCAAUAACAUAACAUGUACAUAAUAAAUAAACAAACAAAAUUAGACAAAUGAAAGAAAAAAAUAAGAUGAACACAAAAACACACCACAUAAAAUCAAACGUGAUUCAACCCCAUGUGCAUUAUUAAAAUAUACAAUAAAUAAUAGUUUAAAAAUACAAAUUAAAAACAAAAAAAAAAAAAGUAAUAUUAACAAAAUAUAUGCCAACAUGUUGUUCAUUAAACAUGGGACUUCGUCGAUAUCUUAACAAAUCGUCUUAUAUUUGCAUUCGCAAUAAAACUUUAUUAUCUUUAUAUUUUGUUCUUCUUCUUUAAAAGCGGUUAUUUAAUUAUUUUUUUUUUAUUAAGUUUUCUUAUUUUUUAAAAUUUGUUUUCUGAAAGAUUAAAAUCUUUCUUCAAAAAUAUUUUAUAAAUAUAUAUAUAAACAAUAUAUAUCGCACUUAUACACGUAUAUUUUGUACAAAACAAAAACAACAACAAAACGAACACUGUUGUCGAUUAUUAUUAUACAACAUCAAAAGACGCCAAACAAACAAUAUCAACAAAAUACACACAAAUCAUAAUUCAUCAUCGCAUCGUCAUUAAAUUCAUCAUCGUCGUCGUCGUUGUUGUGGUCCAUUUGUGAUAUUUACCAUCGUCAUCAUCGCUUCAAUAAGUCACUACGUAUCAACAGAUCGAUCGAUAUUAUAUUUGUAUAGUAUCGAUAUCGAUCGAAUUGCUGUGGUGCAGCACCGUAUGCAGAAAAAAUUAUGGCAACACCACAAGUCAAAGAUUUGGUGUUGCGAUCGCCAGCUGGGUCAUCGGAAGUUGUGACAUUCUCUUGGCCCUUACAAAUUGGCCAUGGUCAGGAUAAACAUGAUAAUGGCAUCGAUAUUAUCGAUACGAUUAAAUUCGUAUGUGAGGAGCUGCCUGGAAUUAGUUCUGCAUUUGAAGAAGUUAAUUUAAAUAGCAUCGACACUGCCUGCUAUAAGACUAUGACAAAUCUUGUCGAUAGAUUUAAUAAAGCUGUUGAUAGUAUUGUCGCAUUGGAAAAAGGAACAUCACUGCCAACAGAAAGGCUGAACAAAUUUGCUGAUCCAAGCCUUCUACGUCAUAUUUUACAAUUAGUUUAUAAUGCUGCCGUUAGCGAUCCCGAUAAACUUAACAACUAUGAGCCUUUUUCACCCGAAGUCUAUGGUGAGACAUCGUAUGAACUCGUCCAACAGAUGAUCAAACACGUUACAGUCAAUCCAGAUGACACGUUCAUUGAUCUCGGUUCUGGUGUGGGGCAAGUUGUCCUACAAAUGGCCGGUUCAUUUCCCUUGAAAACCUGUAUUGGUAUCGAAAAAGCUGAUACACCUGUACGCUAUGCCCAACGGAUGGAUCUAUUUUUUCGCCAAUACAUGGCAUGGUUUGGAAAACGAUUUUGCGAGUACAAACUACUUAAAGGUGACUUUUUGGUAGACGAACAUCGUGAAAAGAUCACAUCAUCUACAUUGGUUUUUGUCAAUAAUUUCGCCUUUGGACCAAAUGUGGAUCAUCAAUUAAAAGAAAGAUUUGCUGAUCUUCGAGAUGGUGCUAGAAUCGUUUCGUCGAAAAGUUUUUGUCCACUUAAUUUUCGAAUUACAGACAGAAAUCUUAGUGACAUUGGAACGAUAAUGCAUCUAAGUGAAAUACCACCGUUAAAGGGAUCGGUUUCGUGGACAUGUAAACCCGUAUCAUAUUAUUUGCAUGUAAUCGAUCGUACGAUACUUGAGCGAUAUUUUCAGCGUAUGAAAAGUCACAAAGGACCCGAACACAACGAGCAUGUCGGUUCAACACGAACUACCCGCGAUCGUGCCAAACGUGAGGCAAAUCAUCAAAACAACAACAAUAAUCAUGCCAAUUCUGUAAAUAAUUCCUCAAACGCCAACAACAGUAGCAAUUCCAAUACUCCCACCAUGAAUUCGAAUUCAAACUCAACAGGAUCUACAACAACAGCCACAACAACAACAGCAACAACAACAGCAGCAACAACAAACGCCCAAAACGGUAAAUCUUCAACAAAAAUGGAUGAAUCUUCUACAGAUAGUGAAACUGAGGCGGUCGUAGCUGGAACAGCUCCAACAACAAAUCGUCGCACAUGGUCUGAUUGGUGUAGUUCAAAAGGUAAGAGCAGCCAAUCGGAUGACGAGGAAAAUAACAACUUUUCAAGUACAACAAACUCUCGAAAUAAUCGUCCUGCGACGCAAAAGCGAAAAAAGCUCACGCGAAAAGCUGCUAUUGCUAGUAAAUCUGCAGCGGCAGCAGCAGCAGCUCAAGCAGCCGCUGAAAAAAUUGCAGCAGCCGCAGCACAAAAAGAAUCUGGCAAUCUAGCUGCACCAAAUACUGUUGGUGGUCCCAAACGCAAGGGACGCAUGAAAAAGGGUGGAGGCCGUGGUAAAAAGAAUUUAAAAAUUGUCGGGUUGGAUGUACUCCACACGCAAACUUUACUCAGUACGAGUGCAGAAAUGAUGUGUAAAAAGUUGCCUCCUGCUCCUGGUUGUGUUGAUCAGCAACUGACUUCGCUGACAGGUGAUAUGAGUCACACAGAAUUAGACAUUCCGCAAGCUCCUUCAGACACACCAUAUGCUUUGCAAAUUCUUUUGGAUGUCUUCCGAACACAGUACAUGACCCUGAUUGAUAACAUGAAGUCCAAAUCGUUUGUAGCAAAUCUCAAGCGCCAGAUUCAGCAAGAGCAAGAACGAAAGCAACGUAUUAAAAAUCGUGCCAGCCAGCUAGAUAAGCAAAUAAAAGUGCUUAUCGACGAUAGUGUUGCUUUGCUAAAGGCUCGCAUGAAUGAACUUGGCAUAAACAUGUCAUCUCCGAAUGACUUAUUGGCAAAAGCUAAAGAAAUUGUUGGCCGACAUAAGGAGUUGCAGGGCAUGGUAAAGAAGAUGUCAAGUCAAGUCACAGCUGGUGAAAUUGAACAGAAGCGUCUCUUGAAAAAGAAUCUCCAAAGUUUGCCGGAAUUCGCCAAACUAUCGAAGCAAAAGAAUGGAACUCCUGAAACGUUUGAUAUAUCCGAGGCAGCUGCUCAUGAACUACUCCUGAAGGAGAUUGCCAACACUCUGGUGCAAAGGAAGAAGCUUUACGCACAAGUGUCGACCAUAGAAAAAGAGAGCAUAACGCUGGAGAAGGUUGUGGAAGAACGUAAGACUGCCGCCGCUCUUCUUGCGCAGGGAACAAAUCUUACUAUUGCCACAUCUACAGCUCCGACGCCAGCGACUACAACAAGUGCGACUAUCACGACAACAAGCAAAUCAACUCACACAAAGUCAUCGCGUCGGAGUAGAGAUCAUCGGACGCGCUCUCAAGAAUGGCCUGAUGUUCCAGAUGUUGGAAAAAUUGAAGAAAGCAAUCCCGAAGUGUUGGCGCAAAAGAUUCUGGAAACCGGACGGCAAAUAGAAGCGGGCAAAAUUCCAAGCUACAAGCAUAAGGACGAGAGGACAAACAAACAUCGCAGCAGUAGUAAUGAACACAAUACACAUCAUCAUCCACAAUUCCUCGCGCACCACUCAGGACCAGAUAGUGCACUUAUGCCAGCACCACCUCAGGGUGGUCUGAAGCAACAACAACAACAACAAAUUCCGAUUGCAGCCAAUCAUGUUCCGUUGGCUGCAGGAGGUGGUCGAGGUAACAAUAAAUCAUCGAAAAACCACCAAGAAUCGCCAAAAGUAGCUAAUUUCGAAGACCGGCUCAAGAGUAUCAUUACUUCGGCGCUCAAUGAAGAUCAGGAGCAUCGAAAGUCUCAACAUCCACCAGCCGAAGCAGUUGCUGCACCGCCCCCUGCAUCGCCGGCGAAGAAGCAUUCGAGCAAAUCUUCGGCCAAUAACCACCAUCAUCAACAGACGGCGCAACAACAGAUGCAUCACCAUCAUCUGAGCAACAUUAUAACGGUGGCAACUCAGGGACUUACGCAUUUGAAUUCAACGACGACGAUUUCUCCAAUAACUCCACCCCUUCAGCAGCAUCAUUAUGGACACAGUGCACCAACCCAAAAUGGCCCAAUGCACCACAUGCACCACCAUUCCCAAACGAUGCCACCUUCAGCGCAUAGUGGUUACAAAUCAACUGGCGCUAUACCUACCAACCUAGGACCAUCUUAUUCCAAGCAGUCAACGUCGUCUUCCUCCAUAUCAUCAUCAACCUCCUUGUCGGCAGCUUCGGGAUCAGCUUCUUCGUCAUCAUCCGCCCAUCACCAACAUCAUCAAAAAUAUCCUAAAUCUAUCCCUACGAGCAGCAGUUCGAGCUCCUCCAUUGAACGAGCGGUUUCGAUUCAUCAGUUGCACGGUCACAAUCAACAUCAUCCGAUGCAGCAUCAGCAGUCGUCGACUGCACAUCAACAUGCUGCUUUGUAUGCUGCCGCAACAGACUUGGCGUUCCGUCGAGGCUAUGAACACCAUGCUCAUUAUCAAGAGUUCAAAGCACCGGAAACAAUGAACCGAGGGCUUGUUGAAGAACCAGCUAGAAGUCAUUCGGCUUCUUCAGACUCGGCAAUGUAUUAUCCACCCACAAGAGAUCGCCUUUUGUCACUUGAACGAAGUCAACAGCAACAACCAAUGCAGCAGCCCAGUCGACCGAGCUCAAGUUCUUCACAACCAGAUUAUACUCAGGUGUCUCCAGCUAAAAUGGCCCUACGUAGGCAUCUGUCACAGGAAAAGCUAGCCAAUCAGCAUGUAGGACCCACAAAUCCAAGCAGUGGAAGUGUUAUGGCAAGCAAGACUAUUGGCGAUCUGGUUAAUGGAGAAAUAGAAAGAACUUUAGAGAUUUCCCAUCAGAGUAUUAUCAAUGCUGUGGUCAACAUGAGUGCUAUGACAGUGCCUCCGCCAACAGCUGGUGCUGGUUCGGCAACGACAACGCCGUCAACAACCGAACGACCUAUAAUCAAUCCAAAUGCGCAACGCCCAGAACGUGUGCAUGUUCGUGUAAUGGAUGAAAUUUCAACGCAGCAAAAUCAUACAGCUUCAAUACACCAUCAACAACAUCAUCAUGGUCAUCAUCCGUAUAAUCAAAUAUCACCGCGAACACGAAAUGAUGGAAGCAUGCCUGAGAAAAAGAAGUCUCCAGCUGAUAAUUUAACAACAUUGGCACAAGUUGCCUACAAUCAUAAAAUGAUUUCUAAACACCAACAACAACAACCAUCAUCUUCUUCAUCAGCGGGAAGACCAUCAAAUGCCAUGAGUUAUAGUACUCCGGCUGGAUAUCAACAACAUCAGCAUUCAAUGCCUCCAUCGGCUGGUGAACGUGGAACACUUCCUCAUCCUUCACCAACAUCAUCAUCGUCAUCAUCAAGGAACAGUACAAGUUCAAAGCGGGAUUAUUCAACGGUAGCCUUGCCAAGGGCUGAAAUGAAGCCUUGCUUGGAGUCCUAUUUUAAUGAGGAACCAAAAACAGCUUCAGUUGCUGCUCCGUUAUCGAUGAAAGAAAGAAUGGCCAAUAGGCGAAUGAAUGGAAAUCCACCAUUAGAAGGGCUAGCAGUUUCUCUACAAGAUCAUGUAAUGGCGUCGCGAAAAUUCAAAGAAGAAAAUGAAGAAAGGCAACGGCGAUCAGAAAUGGCUGCUGCGCAUUUUCAAAACAACUCUAAUAUGGCCAACUUAACAUCAACUGUUCCUCCAUUAACCCAACACCAUGAUAGAACAUCACCGAUUAAGGUUGAAAUUGGAAUGAAGCGCACCUCGCCAAGCCAAGCUCAUCAUCCCCGUCCAUCAAAGAUUCCACACUACGCUUCCCACGAACACCUUAUAUCGACAAAUAGCAACACGAAUAGCAGUAGUUGUAGCAGUACCAAUAAUGGUCGUAGAUCUAAUUCAUCUCUCGAACCGCCGCUUAUGAGUCCCGAAAUAAACUCGCUCAUGGCUGAAGAGAGACCGUUGCAAUUGUCGUCUCGACCACGAACAACGGACGACGAUGACGUUAUACCAGAUGAUGAGACCCACUGGCAGGAUCGUGUGAGCUCUGGAUUUGAUCGUUUGGUUGCAUUCGCUUCAACAGAACUUGAUAAGACCCGUCGUUCGAUUGAUACUGAUACAGCGCCAUCCAUUAGUUGUAAUACAUCACCGGAUUCGGGAAUAACGCACAGCAGUAAUAGUGAAGCGCGUACAUUCCUUUCGACAUCGUCAUCGUCGUCUCAACUUGAUAUUGGCGCUCAUACCGAUCCAAUGAGUGACAGCAGCACAAAGUCAUCACACGAUGUUGUUCCAAUAAGUAAAACUUCACUAGUUGAUGAUGCAAUCGAAAGUCCACCAUUAUCCGAUAUUGGACUUCCCCGAACACCCAGUCCGUCGGCAGUGACACCACCAUUGGGAUCUCUAUUAUUCCCCCAGCAGCCACCACCUAUAGUUGCAGUGGAAUCUAAUGAUACAUCAGGAACAAAAUCAUCAACUUCAUCGUCUUCUUCGACGUCGGCGGCUCAGCCGGGUCUUAAAAUUCCACUGAAAUAUCAACGCAAAUCAAAAACAUCUUCGGAAAAACAUUAUAAAAAGAAGUUUUGCGAACGAAAUUGGGGCUUUGAAGAUGAAACAAUUUACGGAUCGGGUGAUGCUGCAACGAACGAGUGUAAUGGUGUUUUGAGCGGUGCAAACAACUCUUCAAUUAGCAGCAGCCAUCGAAAAGACGAAGUCAGUGCCAUGCAUCAUAAAGCUUCGAAAUUUCGACCAAAAGGAAAGGACUGGGAUUGGUCAGUAGAGAGUAAAAGUAAGGGAGGCAAUGUGACUACAGCCUCUUCUUCCACGGUGGUAGGUAUUUAAGUUGAAAACAUCUGGAUUGAAAGUUUUUUUUUUUAAUUAAAUUAAAUUAAAUUAUUAUUCUAUUUAAGUUAAAAAUACAAUUUGUUUUAACAAUUUUUAAAUUUGAUGUUUAUUUUAUUGAUUUUUUUUUUUUGUUAGUUUUGGCAUUUGAAUUGAAUUUUU